AUGGGCCUGAAAGAUGACAGCACCCCCUGGCUUGGCAUCAGCAAGGGCAAGCGCACCACCUAUGGAGGAGUGUCUGGUAGGUAACACAAACACACAUAAACACUUUGUCUUGUAAGCAGUGCUGUUACCUUACGGAUACAUUUUACAUUUACAUUUAAGUCAUUUAGCAGACGCUCUUAUCCAGAGCGACUUACAGUUAGUGAGUGCAUACAUUUCAUACUUUUUCAUACUUUUUUCAUACAGACAGCUAACGUGUUUAAGUCUGUCAGUGUAAAGGCCCUGUGUGUUUACUAGAGUGUGUGUGUGUGUGUGUGUGUGUGUGCCUCUCUCUCUUGGCCACCCAGCUUGUUCCCUCGCUCACAUUCCAUCUGAGCCAGUAGCAGCCAGUCACAGGGUCAGGAAACAGCCUGCAUUAAACAUUAAUGCUGACACUAUUGAGGCAGUACUUUAUGCAAACAUGAAGUACCAGCUGUUAUAGUUCAGCUGGUGUAACUUGUGGCUGUGGUUAGGCUGUAGCGCCAUACUAUCCCCCCCAUUGGGAGUCCCCUAGCUGGGGGCAAUCCUGCUCCAUCUCUUCUCCCUUUUGACUGGGUCAUUGAUCACUACCACCCUAAAGGGCCAGGGGGGGAGGUGGGGGGGGGGGGGGUGAUGUCCAACUGACAUAAAACAUAGUCAGCCCCGCUCGGUUAUAAAAGGAAAGAAGAAGUAUAUUCUUGAGGGGUGUUUUAUUUUUCUGGCCUUUUUUCACUACCUAAGUAGGCCCCGCUAGGAGAGGGAUGGAUAAAUUGUAUGAGUAUGAAAAAUGCAUAGGCUACAUUUUUUGUUGUAGGACAACGAUAAUGUUGCCACAUGACAUUAUGCACUUAAUCUUAUCAGUUACUUUCCCUUGGACUUCAACUACAUUCCAUGUAGACUGUAUAGUUUGCUUUGAAGGCCUAAAAGCACAACAUUUUUCAAAUUCAGCGGUCACAGUGUACCUCUCUACCUCUACAUUCUCAUUUCAACUUCCAUCCAGACUUUUAUACAGAACACAAAUGAAUAAUUCCAACAUACUGUAGGAGACUGUACGUGUUCUGUAGGAGACUUUACAUGUUCUGUAGGAGACUUUACAUGUUCUGUAGGAUACUUUACAUGUUCUGUAGGAAACUUUCCAUGUUCUGUAGGAGACUUUACAUGUUCUGUAGGAUACUUUCCAUGUUCUGUAGGAUACUUUACAUGUUCUGUAGGAUACUUUACAUGUUCUGUAGGAUACUUUCCAUGUUCUGUAGGAGACUUUCCAUGUUCUGUAGGAGACUUUACAUGUUCUGUAGGAUACUUUCCAUGUUCUGUAGGAGACUUUCCAUGUUCUGUAGGAGACUUUACAUGUUCUGUAGGAUACUUUCCAUGUUCUGUAGGAGACAAUCCAUGUUCUGUAGGAGACUUUACAUGUUCUGGAUGAAACUUUACAUGUUCUGUAGGAGACUUUACAUGUUCUGUAGGAGACUUUACAUGUUCUGUAGGAUACUUUCCAUGUUCUGUAGGAGACUUGACAUGUUCUGUAGGAGACUUGACAUGUUCUGUAGGAGACUUUCCAUGUUCUGUAGGAGACUUUCCAUGUUCUGUAGUAAACUGUACAUGUUCUGUAGGAGACUUUCCAUGUUCUGUAGGAGACUUUCCAUGUUCUGUAGGAGACUUUACAUGUUCUGUAGGAGACAAUCCAUAUUCUGUAGGAGACUUUCCAUGUUCUGUAGGUGACUGUACAUGUUCUGUAGGAGACUUUCCAUGUUCUGUAGGAGACUUUCCAUGUUCUGUAGGAUACUUUCCAUGUUCUGUAGGAAACUUUCCAUGUUCUGUAGGAGACUUUCCAUGUUCUGUAGAAGACUUUACAUGUUCUGUAGGAGACUUUACAUAUUCUGUAGAAGACUUUACAUGUUCUGUAGGAGACUUUACAUGUUCUGUAGGAGACUUUCCAUGUUCUGUAGGAGACUUUCCAUGUUCUGUAGGAGACUUUACAUGUUCUGUGGGAGACUUUACAUGUUCUGUAGGAGACUUUACAUGUUCUGUAGGAGACUUUCCAUGUUCUGUAGGAGACUUACCAUGUUCUGUAGGAGACAUUACAUGUUCUGUAGGAGACUUUACAUGUUCUGUAGGAGACUUUACAUGUUCUGUAGGAGACUUUACAUGUUCUGUAGGAGACUUUACAUGUUCUGUAGGAGACUUUACAUGUUCUGUAGGAGACUUUACAUGUUCUGUAGGAGACUUUCCAUGUUCUGUAGGAGACAUUUUCCAUGUUCUGUGGGAGACUUUACAUGUUCUGUAGGAGACUUUACAUGUUCUGUAGGAGACUUUACAUGUUCUGUAGGAGACUUUAGCCAGAAAGAGGUGGAGGGGAGGAAAUGUAGGAGGAGAAGAAGCGCCUAGGAAAACAGAGAGGGUGGAGAGAGAGAGCCAUGAAUAUGCAUACGAUUAACCAUCCAUGGAGAAUAUGCAAAAAUAUAUGCUUUGAUUCAAUUCAUCAUCCCAAUUUCAGAGGCUGGCAUUAGUUAAUCAAGAUCAUUUAGCAUUGGUGGAGACAGAAGGUGCUGUCUUUAUCUGUCAACCUAUGGUGUGUGUGUGUGGGGGGGGGGGGGGUGUAUGUGUGUGUGUGUGUGUGUGUGUGCAUGUGUGUGCGUGCAUGCAUGCCUAUAUACAGAUAUGUGUGUGUGUGUGUUGCCCGCGUGUGUGCGUCCACACUUAUUUGUGUGCGCUUUCAUGCGUGUGUGUGUGUGUGAGCCUCUCUGGCCAAAUGAAUGUGGACAAGGCUGUGCUGUGAUCAAUGAGCGAGAGCUUAGUGGGAGAACCAGGUUAAAUGUAAUGUGAUAAAUGCCUCCAUCUGUCUGCCUGAUCACAGAGCCCAGCCAACCCCAUCCUGUAGGGACUCCUGACAGCCAGUUAGAGACUAGAGAUACAGGGAGCUGGAUUGGACCACAUUGGGGAGUGUGGGAGGGAGGGGACUGUGUGUGUGUGUGUGUGUGUGUGUGUGUGUGUGUGUGUGUGUGUGUGUGUGUGUGUGUGUGUGUGUGUGUGUGUGUGUGUGUGUGUGUGUGUGUGUGUGUGUGUGUGUGUGUGUGUGUGUGUGUGUGUGUGUGUGUGUGUGUGUGUGUGUGUGUGUGUGUGUGUGUGUGUGUGUGUGUGUGUGCAUAUGUGCAUGGGUUGGCAAGAAAUAGCAAUUGGAUGAUUGUCAAUAUGUAUUCUUCAUAUAUAACACUGUAUCUAUUUAUGUUCUGGAGAGACUGAGAAACAGAAAAACUCUGCAAUUUACACAACUAUGAAUCUGAAUUUAUCUCAUCUUCUGUAAGAAAUCAGGUCUGAGAAGGCUGAGAUCCUUCUCCACAGGUAAUGCGAUGCGUGUGGUGUCCGCCAUCGGCAGGGCCCUGUCUGGGUUCCACAGCCUGGCGACUGGGAGGAUUGACCCAGCCGAGACAGGCCUACAGUUCCUCCAUGCUGGAGCUUCUGCUCUACAGGUAAACAGAGACAUAAACAAAUAAAUGCACUAACCACCAGCCUGGUAGCUACAUCUGUUUGUGCUGUAGUUAACUUGUGUUAUACUGUAGUAAACGUGUGUUAUACAACAGUUGGUGCGAUUAUUCGCAAAUGGAAGAAACACAAAAGAACUGUCAAUCUCCCUCGGCAUGGGGCUCUAUGCAAGAUCUCACCUUGUGGAGUUGCAAUGAUCAUUACUACACGGGAGGAUCUUGUCAAUGAUCUCAAGGCAGCUGGGACCAUAGUCACCAAGAAAACAAUUGGUAACACACUACGCCGUGAAGGACUGAAAUCCUGCAGCGCCCGCAAGGUCCCCCUGCUCAAGAAAGCACAUAUACAGGCCCGUCUGAAGUUUGCCAAUGAACAUCUGAAUGAUUCAGAGGAGAACUGGGUGAAAGUGUUGUGGUCAGAUGAGACCAAAAUCGAGCUCUUUGUCAUCAACUCAACUCGCCGUGUUUGGAGGAGGAGGAAUGCUGCCUAUGACCCCAAGAACAUCAUCCCCACAAUCAAACAUGGAGGUGGAAACAUUAUGCUUUGGGACAGGACAACUUCACCGCAUCAAAGGGACGAUGGACGGGGCCAUGUACCAUCAAAUCUUGGGUAAGAACCUCCUUCCCUCAGCCAGGGCAUUGAAAAUGGGUCGUGGAUGGGUAUUCCAGCAUGACAAUGACCCAAAACACAUGGCCAAGGCAACAAAGGAGUGGCUCAAGAAGAAGCACAUUAAGGUCCUGGAGUGGCCUAGCCAGUCUCCAGACCUUAAUCUCAUAGAAAAUCUGUGGAGGGAGCUGAAGGUUCGAGUUGCCAAACGUCAGCCUCAAAACCUUAAUGACUUGGAGAAGAUCUGCAAAGAGGAGUGGGACAAAAUCCCUCCUGAGAUGUGUGCAAACCUGGUAGGCCAACUACAAGAAACGUCUGACCUCUGUGAUUGCCAACAAGGGUUUUGCCACCAAGUACUAAGUAAUGUUUUGCAGAGGGGUCAAAUACGUAUUUCCCUCAAUCAAUUUAUAACAUUUUUGACAUGCAUUUUUCUGGAUUUUGUUGUUGUUAUUCUGUCUCUCACUGUUCAAAUAAACCUACCAUUACAAUUGUAGACUGAUCAUGUCUUUGUCAGUGGGCAAACGUACAAAAUCAGCAGGGGAUCAAAUACUUUUUUCCCUCACUGUAUACUGUAGUUAACUUGUAUUAUACUGUAGUUAACUUGUAUUAUACUGUAGUUAACUUGUAUUAUAAUGUAGUUAACGUGUGUUAUACUGUAGUUAACGUGUGUUAUACUGUAGUUAACUUGUAUUAUACUGUAGUUAACUUGUAUUAUACUGUAGUUAACUUGUAUUAUAAUGUAGUUAACGUGUGUUAUACUGUAGUUAACGUGUGUUAUACUGUAGUUAACGUGUGUUAUACUGUAGUUAACGUGUGUUAUACUGUAGUUAACGUGUGUUAUACUGUAGUUAACUUGUGUUAUACUGUAGUUAACGUGUGUUAUACUGUAGUUAACGUGUGUUAUAAUGUAGUUAACUUGUGUUAUACUGUAUUUAACGUGUGUUAUACUGUAGUUAACGUGUGUUAUACUGUAGUUAAAUUGUGUUAUACUGUAGUUAACGUGUGUUAUACUGUAGUUAACGUGUGUUAUACUGUAGUUAACGUGUGUUAUAAUGUAGUUAACGUGUGUUAUACCGUAGUUAACGUGUGUUAUACUGUAGUUAACGUGUGUUAUACUGUAGUUAACGUGUGUUAUAAUGUAGUUAACGUGUGUUAUACUGUAGUUAACGUGUGUUAUACUGUAGUUAACGUGUGUUAUACUGUAGUUAACGUGUGUUAUACUGUAGUUAACGUGUGUUAUACUGUAGUUAACUUGUGUUAUACUGUAGUUAACGUGUGUUAUAAUGUAGUUAACGUGUGUUAUACUGUUAUUAGGGUAUGUGAGAUGACAAAUGAUGACAAUUGAUAAAAUGUACAAACAAACAACUAAAAUCUAGGUACCCAGCUUUUUGUCAGUACAUUUCUUUUCAUUAUAGUCACACUGAGAACCUAAGAGUUUGUCUGUUUCAUGUGAUUUGAUAUUUAACCACACACAGAGACAGAUAACUGAGGGCUAAGGAUCUCUUGGAAACAUCUUAGAGUGGAACAUUCAUGUUAGCAUCUGUGUCUUUUGUCUAAUAUUCAACACUGAUCCAUUUAAUAGGAGCUUACAUUCUAUAUAAUAAUUAAAGUAUUAGUUAUCAUCAGUAACAUCAAGAACUUUCUCCAGGAAUUUCCUUCUUUGUUUUAUGAAAGAUGAAGCCAUCAGCGAAGAGAGAGAGGGAGAGAGAGAGAGAGAGAGAGAGAGAGAGAGAGAGAGAGAGGAAGAGAGAGAGAGAGAGAGAUGAGAGAGGAGAGAAGAGGAGAGGAGAGAGAGAGAGAGAGAGAGAGAGAGAGAGCCGAGCGAGAGAGCGAGUAGAUAGCGAGACCGAGAGAGAAGAGCGAGAGAGAGAUAGAGAGAAGAGCGAGAGGAUAGCUAGACUACCUAUCUCUCUCGCUCCUCUCUCUUCUCGCUCUCUCUAUCUCCUCUCUCUCUCUCUCUCUCUCUCUCUCUCUCUCUCUCUCUCUCUCUCUCUCUCUCUCUACGCUUUGGGUGUGUAUACCCCCGGCUGCUAUGGCAACAGAUUGACAGUAACAAGCUUCAUGUAAAUCCUAAUAUAAUACACGGAACAAAUUGCUACAGCAAAUAAACCUAUUAUCUCAGCGGGGGGUCCCAGCCUCAGAAAUCUGUUUAUAAAUAAAUAAAUGCAACAUUGUCAUUAUGCCACUAAAUAAUGUAGCUUAAAUAGCUGAGAGCCUCGGUGACAGAAAAUGAUGUAUUUGAAUAUGUGUUAACAUACUUUCUGAUCUCUACCAGUAGUAGGGUCAAUUAUUUUUCCCACACUUUUGCUUUUGACUUUUUGUUGUCUUCAUUUCCACAAGGCCAGAGGUGCUCCCCUGAUGCAUUAAAGUGUAAAAGGAAACAGUGUAGGGAGUGAUGUGGUUUUGACACAUUAGGCCACCUACAGCUCUGUGUGUCUUCUGCUACUUAAAAAUAUACAGUAGCCUUCUAGUGACAGACACAUCGCUUAGGGCCCUGUUCAGAUAAGUUGACCUUAAAUCCAUGUUUUAUUGACUUAAGUCCAUGUUGUCUACUUAUCUGAAGUCUGAAUGUGUGUGUGCCUAUACAGUUGCGGGCACUAAAAAGUUAGGUUGGCAUUGGCAGAACAAUUUCCACAAUGUGUGGGCAACACGGCACUCUAGCAUCUUCUAGCAAUAGUUAGACACAAAAACCAUGAAAAACCUUUUAUUGCCCACAACUGUACGUCCAUGUGUGUUUGAAUACAACAACACAGCUGUCCGGGUGUGUUGGCAAAUACACAAAUUCAUUCCAUUGUGUGCGUCUUCCCCAGAUCUGCAGUGCGGUGCAGAACCAGGACUUCAUCCUGAUAGAGGACUACUGCCUGGGUCGGAAGGCUCUGCUCUACCCGAAGAGCAUCGAGAAGCUGACGGGCUGGGACGGACAGUCCCCCUCCACCCCACCAAAGGGGCAAAACUGUACCCCACAUGGAGGAACUGGUGGGCAA